AAAAUAUUUUGAUCAGUGACACAUAUGUUUCACGGUUGUCCUUACGUUAAAGGAAAUAUAUGACUAUGUAUAUCGGCUGUAAUGAAGAUACUUGAUAAAAUGUUAUAAGAUGUACAUGAAAAAAUAAAAACAAUCGACAUUAAUGAAUGUGGUUCAGACACAAAUAAGAUAAAUUCCAUUUAGCUUGGAAUCCCCCCAAAAUUUGUGAAGAAUACAAAACAAAGGAGCUACAGAACUCACUUUCAAUCAAAGUGGUUUUUCACAAGCUUCUGGUUUGUAUCAUUUGGGACCUUAUCAAGAAAUCAAAUGAAAUGAUGAGUUUCGACAGCAGACAUGUAUCCCUAUAGGAACGAUGUGCGUUAUACUUAAACUGGCAUGUAUUCUGUUUGGUUUUAUCAAACCCUUCGUAAGAUUUUUGCAUUAUCUGUAAAAGGCGAAAGUGACUAAGUACGCUGUAUGGUUAGGACUUUCUUUUGGGUUUCAUAAUUGUUUUAUGAGUUCUUCAUUUUUUUGAAUCCCUAUUUUACUUCUGCUAUGGACUUCUUGUAUUUAGCUCCGUCCUACCCUUCUAGUUUUCCUCCUAGGUUUGACAAUUCGGGGUUAUGAAGUGCUGUCUCUGCUUUUUCAGAACUAUCCGUAUCCUUUCACGCAACUCAGAUAAAAUAAAAGACAAGUUCUACUCAUAAUUUUCUAGUUUCCCUUAGAAAGCUAGAUUUACGGAUAUAUUGACUGGCGUUUUUAAAACCAAGGAAAACCCGAAGGAAAUUCGAUUGUGGACCGGUUUUUGGGCGAAUUCGAUUAACGUGCUCACAGUGGGCUUUUUAAUAUGUGUAGGAACAUUUUGCAAGGAACAGUGUAUCACCGUCUUCGGGAUUUUUAUCGCUUACGAACUUUAUGCCGUUUAUCAAAAAAUUUUAUCAAGUGGACAUGACUUUUCGUCUAAUAGUUUCAAAGACAAUUGCCAAAAAGACAAAACGUUCAAGGAUAUAGUUUCAUCUGCUUAUAAAAAAAUUCAGUUUAAGUUGUUUUCACCAGCGUGGUUUUCAUGUGCACCCGUCUACAGAAUGUUCAUUCUUCUAGUGUUUUUCAUUGCUAUAUUGAUUGCACGUAUUAAAAUAAUGGCUGGACAGUUGCCACAUUUUACAGAGUUUGAUAACCCAGCUUCUCAUGCACCUCCACUGACUCGUCGCCUCACUCAUCUUUACCUGGUUCCUGUUAAUCUAGGCUUAUUAAUAUUCCCUUCUAAUCUAUGCGCUGACUGGACUUUGGGAAGUCUAAAGCUUAUUCAAGGCUGGGCAGAUCCACGUAAUAUUUUGACGCUGAUGGCCUUCAGUUUCAUCUUAUUGCUAGUUUUCAUUACUGUUAAUUGGAAAACACCUUUACAUCAAGGUCGAGCUGUAUGUAUGGCUCUGAGUUUGAUGAUAUUUCCCUUUAUACCAGCCAGUAAUUUAUUUUUUCCCGUUGGUUUCGUUGUUGCUGAGCGUGUUUUAUACACACCAAGUUUGGGCUUUUGUCUACUUAUUGGUUUGGGUUUUGAAAAUCUACUUGGUCUUAAGUUUGUCCAGACAAACACUAUGACAAGUUCAAAAUCAUCUGAAGUAAAGAAAGUUUGCAGCUUCAAAAAUGGUCUUCACUCUCGAAAAUAUCCUCGAAUCUCAAUGGGACUAGUCAUUAUCGCAUUCGUUUGUAAGACUGUUAGACGCAAUACAGACUGGUCGAACGAAUACAAUCUGUUUACAUCAGCGUUAAAAGUAAAUCCUAACAAUGCCAAAAUGUGGAAUAAUGUGGGGCAUUCUUUGGAAGCUGAAGGAAAGUACUCAGAAGCACUCGGCUACUUUAGAAAAGCUGUCAAUGUUCAGCCAAAUGAUAUGGGCGCUCGAAUUAAUGUUGGCCGCACAUAUGUAAACCUGGGAAUGCCAGAUAAAGCAGAAGAAGCGUAUUACGGAGCGCUUGAAUAUUUCCCUAAACCAAAGAAAGGUCAAACUUAUUAUGCUCGUGUUUCUCCCAAAGAUCUAAUGGUUUUUAUUAAUCUUGCCAAUUUAUAUAUCACUAAAUCACCCCCGAGGCUUGAGGAUGCUGCUACUCUUCUUCGUCGAGCCAUUUCACUGCGAUCUGAUUUUGUGGACGCUUACCAAAACUAUGGUAGUGUACUUAUCAAGUUAGGAAGGUAUAAAGAAGCUGAGGAAGCGUAUAGAAAUGCUUUAUUGUACCAACCGAAAAGCCCAGAUUUAAAUUACAACUUGGGAGUUGUCCUCUUGGAGUCUCAUAAGAAAUCAGAGGGUUUGUCUUAUCUAAACACUGCCUUAACUUACAAUCCACAACAUGAGCCUUCCCUGUUUGCUGUUGCAUCAACUCUUGGUGAAUCAGCUAAUCCUGAUGACCAGCUAAGAGCAAUAAACAUCUAUGAACAUCUUCUCAAACAAAAUUUUGAACCGAUCAAAGUACAUUUCGCUUUGGGUAUGUUACAAACUGAUAAAAAGAACUAUAUCAAAGCAUCUAAACAUUAUCAGAAUGUUAUUAUUCUGGAUUCUGAUCAUAAAGGUUCAUUAUUUAACCUAGCUCUACUUUAUCGGAAUCAUCUUGGAAAACCAGAUGAUGCAAGGAAUCUCGCACUUCAUCUUAUCAAGGUUCAUCCUUCACAUAUAAAGUCUUAUUUACUUCUCGGAGAUAUAGAAUUAACUGAAAAAGCGAACAUAAAAUUAGCAAAGCAAUAUUUUGAAGAAGCGCUAAAAUUGGACCCAAAGAACAUUCAGGCAAAACAUAACCUUUGUGUUGCUUUGGCAGAUGAAGAUGAUCUAGAAAAAUCGGAAUCAUGCCUUUUAGAGGCUAUAGCCAUGGAACCAAAACCUCAAAACUAUUUACUACAACAUCUAGAAAUUAUACGUGGACGUCUGCAUUCUCGUGGAAAACAUGGAUAUACCAAGUUAAACAAUUAUAAGUAAUCGAACUAUCGAAAUCAUACAUGAUUCGAAUGUUUAAAAACUGUAUCCAUUAUUUCUGUGCUUAGAA